ACCGCGGAGCCACCCACGCCUCUCACCCGUGACCCGCCACCAGCCACCUCACCAAGACCUGCCUGCCUGGUGUAGUGGAGAGCCGUGUCUUAUGUGGGAGACGCAUCUGAGCCAACAUGGAGCUCGGCACAACUUAAAACACACAACAAAACCUUACGAACGAACGAGAAACUAUAUGUUGUAACGAACUGUGGAGUGGUGCUGGCGAGACGAGGCUACCAAGUGGUACUUCUGCUUACUGAGACUGGUAUCACCGUCGACACUUAUGUUUACUCAAGUUGGUAACACUGUCGAUGCUUCUGUUUGCUAAAAUUGGCAACACGUCGAUGCCUUUGUGUGGUAAACUCGGCAUUAUACCUUCGGCGUUUUUAUUUACUAAGUUGGCACGCUGUCGGCACUUCUGGGCAGUUAUUGUGAUGAACUGAGGGUGAAGAAUGUUUUCCUUCUGCUGUCAUUAGUGGAGAACCAUCCAUGGCUCUCCCUGGCUGAUGAGAUAAGAAUCCGACAUACCAAAGUAAGACCGAGAAGGUGAGGUCUUGACACGCUAGCAAGUGGCGAUGAUACGUGGUGUGACACAGUGGUCGUGGAGAACAAUAAAAUAACCAUUUUCUAAGAUUACAUGAAGUGAAAAACGUGACAUGCAAUAAAUUCAACGCUAAGGAGAUAACCAUGAAAACAAAUGAGAACUGCACAGCGCGGGAAGGAAAUAUAUAGCGCACAUGGGGUCUAUAAAACAAGUGAACGUCAUGAAAAGAUGCGACUGUCAAGAAGCGUGACUCUAUAACGCUCCAGUUUACGACGAUUUUCUGACGAUUAUGAUGUGCAAUAAAGUGAGUGUGUGGUUGGGGAAGGAAGUUUAUGGCGGGAACAUUAGUACAGAUCUGUGAAUGUGGGAGCUGGGAGUGUACAAGUCCUCUGGUAAUAUCUGGCUGACUGACGCGUAAAACCUGGUUAAAACAAAAAUAAACAAAAUAAAUUAACUAUGGCUGUGUAAAUGUUUGAAACUAUUAUUGGACCAUCUGGAGAAAGUAACAAAUUUAGACUUGACGUCGCCGAUGACAAUAUUAUAAAAGAUACGUUGAGACAGACUGAAAUAAAAGACAGGAAGUGGAAUUCAUACUACAAUAAAAUCUGUCUAUAUAUCUCACAGACAAAGAAAGAAAAUAUCACCAGGUAUUCAGUGUACAGAAAUAUCACCGCUGCAUCCUCAAAAACUCUAGAAAAUCACUGUAAUAUGAUGGCACCUAGCUAAGAAAAUGUUCCUUCCACGAUAAAGCACCAGUAAUUUCCCUAACCUUGUCACUGAGGGGGUAGAAGGGAGGAGGAUCGCCAGGCACUGUUUGGUCGCUCGUGCCGGCGUUGUGUUUUAUGGUACGGGUCAUUGAGUGUGACAGUAAUGUGAGGGGGUGGAUGGUAGACCGUCACCCUAAGGAACCAACUCUUCCCUCCUCCUCCUUCUGCCACCACCGCCGCCAUGUUCAAGAAACUCAAACGGAUGUCGUCCGUCUCUCUGCCGGAUUUUCUCGCCUCACGUCUUAGGAAAAGAGGAGUGGACAAAGGCCACCGUCCGCGCGUGGCUAACCUGCGACCUGGUUCUCCCGCCCACCGCUCGGAUGCCCUCAGCGUGGGAGACUACAUCCUCGCCGUCAACGGUAUCCGCACCCACGCCCUCUCCCACGCCCAGAUUGUCACCCUCCUCAAAAAUGCCGGCGAGAAGGUUGACCUCGAAGUGGAGUACGAGAUCCCCAACUCACCCGUGCAGGGGAGCGGCUGUGUGGUGGCCCGGACGGUGGGUGUGGUGUUGGAGAAAGAGGAGGGCAGCUUCGGAUUCACGGUAAGGGGCGGGUCCUCCCACGAUGCCACCAAGUCCAGGCCUCUUAUCAUUACCCAUGUCAGGCCAGGAGGCCCUGCUGACAGAGAGGGAACAAUCAAAGCAGGGGACCGGCUCGUCGCGGUGGAUGGGCGUGACCUGACCCGCUGUUCUCUGACGGAGGCCCAGGAAGCACUGCGUAGAGUUGAGCGUAGUGCUACACUUACUGUAGAAUACGACGUAUCCGUGAUGGACGGUGUUCGGGCAACAGGUGGACCGCUACUGGUGGAGAUUGAACGUGCUGUAGGUACUUCCCUGGGUAUUACGCUCACCCACGCCCACCCAGAACCCACCGCCAUCGUAAUUGAAACCAUCCGUACUGCCAGUAUUGCUGAGAGAUGUGGUGCACUUGCCGUAAAUGACAUAGUAGCAGCUAUAGAUGGUACACGACUCGACCAGUUGACAGUAGCUGAAGCUGCCCAGUUGCUGAAGACUGCACCAGGUUCACAUGUUACUCUUGAGAUCAUACCUGGAGCUGCAACGCAGGCCAGGAUGACUUUUCGAAGAGGUGGUGGUGUAGCUUUCCCACAUCUGUAUGGUGUAGUGGGUAGCAGCAGUGGGUAUGGCAGUGGAGUUGGUGGAUACAUGUCAGGGGGUUCCAGCUAUAACACCCUUACCUCACAGCGGCCGCGUUCAGCUGCUGCUAGAAGAGUUAAUAGACGAACCAGACCUAAUGAUCGAACUGAAACAGGAUCUGUCUCGUCACACACCACAGGAGGAGGAAGUGUGGGGAGGGUUGGUGUAUGUCACCCAGAAUGUCUCACAGUAACGCUGGUGGUAGAAGGGCGGGGCUAUGGACUGGUGCUUCGCCCUCCCCCACAUCCAGCAGAUCCUGACACAGCCCUGCCUGUUAUUGCUGCCAUAGACCCAGGAGGUCCUGCUGACAAGUGCAGUGUAGUGUGUGUGGGUGACCGUCUGAUGGGAGUGAAUGGCCGUAGUGUAUCAGGUCUUGGCGUCAGUGAGGUCACCCAGAUGGUAGCCAACUCACGCCCCACGGUCACCCUCGAUGUUGAGUUUGACGUUGCUGAUUCUGUUGUACCCUCGUCUGGUACCUUUGCUGUCAAGUUGGCAAAGAGACACAAUGGACUUGGAAUCACACUGACUGCUGGACGUCGAGCGGGUGCUGGUGAACCUUUGCUGAUCAGCGAAGUCGUGCGUGGUUCACCUGCCCAUCGGUCAGGAACUAUGCAGCCAGGGGACAGACUCUUGGCUAUUGAUGACACACGCUUAGAAAAUCUCACCUUGGAGGAUGCCAGAACCAUUCUUCAAUGCUGUGAUGAAAUUGUCACACUCAGGGUGCAAAAGGACGAAUUAUAUUCAGAGGAGAGUGGAGGGCUAGUGAUGUACACAGUGGAGUUAGUCCGCCACGGAGGGGCGCUUGGGAUCACUAUUUCGGGUAGUGAGGAGCCCUUUGAUCCCAUUUACAUCGCUGGUCUUGCUCCAGGUGGGUUAGCAGACCGCACUGGGGCCAUCCAUAUUGGGGAUCGUCUCUUGGCUAUCAAUGGUGCGUCCUUAAGAGGAAAGCCACUAAGUGAGGCCAUUCUCAUGCUUCAGAAUUCUGGGGACACUGUCACUCUGAAAAUCUCCCGGCCAAGAGACUCAGGAGUUCCCAGCGAGGAGCUGCCCCGUGAUGAUUGGUUGGGAAGAUUUGGCCCAGCUAUACCAUCUGUAGACUCAGCAGUAGAGUCAUGGGAUAGUUCAGGGCUGGACCCCCCUCCCCCAGGCUCAACUCCAGCACUGUCCAAGAGAGAUUCUGGUUCAGACAUUGUCUUUAGAUCAGACUGUGGCAGUACUGUAAGACGGAGAGGAGGAUUAGAGUGUAGAGAAGAAACUAAUGGUGCUGGGGAUGCUGAUGGUGUCGAGGGAACCAGGAAAGUCCCUGAAGAGGAUGUAAGGGACACGUGGGGGUCCCCCUCCCCUCCACCAUCUAUAGACAGUGGGCAGUCAGAGGAUAAAACGGACUGGGACAAGAUGAUUGCAGACCUCAACCAGAUAAGCGAGAGCUGUGGUCUCCGGGAUCGUCCCCAGUCACCCCCAGUCCUUCUGCCUCACGGACAUGCAGGUACAGCUAUGCAGCGUAAGAAGGAAGGGCAGAUAGGUGGUAGCGAGGUCCCUGUCACUAGUAGUGGAGGAACUGAUGCUGCUCGUUGCCAGACUUUAUCUGCACGGAGGCGUCCAGCAGGCGGUGGUACCAGUAUGGGUGUUGAUGGAGGAGAUGCCAAGGAGGAGGGUAGCUAUUCCAUCAGUAAUGCUGCCCUCACAUACACUGCCACAUAUGCCAGGACAGCCUCACCUCCACCUGGUGGUGGCCAGGUGUACCAGGUGACUCUCCUGAAGGACCGCGUGUAUGAAGACUUUGGAUUCAGUGUGUCUGAUGGCCUUUACGAGAAGGGAGUUUACGUCAACAGAAUUCGAAAGGGUGGACCAGCUGACAGAUCUGGAGUACUUAAACCAUUUGACAGAAUUCUUCAGGUAAAUGAUACCAGAACACACGACUUUGACUGCUGCUUGACUGUCCCCCUCAUGGCCGCUGCUGGGGACCGCCUGGUGCUGGUGGUGUCCAGAAACCCUCAUGUCAACCCAACACUAGACUUCUCCUCAGACAUACACUCACCAGCAUGGAAUGAUAUUGAUGAAGGAGAGGAGGACGAGGCAGUGGGAGAAAAAGAACUCGGAGAUAGGGACCUAGAACCAUACUCCUCUCCUACUCCAUCCUUUACACCAAUACCCACCAUCCUGAAGACACUCUGAAUAUAAAUUAGCCCAGAUUUUUUUUUUUUUUUUUUUUUUAUUUGGCUUCUACAACAUUGUUAAGGCCCAAAACUAUUUUCAUACAACAAAGCUCUCACUGAAGCUAUGUUGUUUAGAUCUGUUGUGCUGGGAUUUGUUUUUGCAACAGAGGAUGUACCACAUACAUGAUAAAAGAGACUCGGUUGAUGUGGUAUUACAAGUUGGAAGUCAAAUGAAAGUUCAAAAGUAUUUCAAAAGACAAGAAAUAUUAUAAAAUUAGCUAAUAUUUCUUUUGAAGUUAUUUGUUCCCUCAACCAACUUAGUUUCUCUUUAUCCUGAAAAGAUUGAUAGAGUAGCAAUGAACGAGGUUACUUUUGUCACAAGAUUCAAGGGGGCCCUAUUAUGAUUAAUAAUUAACAGCAAGAUUAAUACUGUGUGAUGUGGAGCAACUUCAGAGACAGGUUAAGCUCAUAAUUCUCCCUAAUAGUCUUGUUAGGGUUGCCAUUAAUCUAGCAAUGAGUUCAUCCUCAAUGCCAGGCAGGGAUGAAGAGAACUUACUGUUUGUGCUAUAGUGUGCACGGUCACUGUCACUUUUGUACGGGGUUCACCGUGCAGAAUAAAAUCAUAUGUUGGCCAAAUGAAAUAUUAAAAGUGGCGUCACCUCAUGAAGGGGUUGAGGCCCUACACCUCUUACCCAAAUAAGUGAGACACUGUAAAGGAUGCUAACACACCUCCUCAAGCUGUUGAGAAACUUCAACAGAAGUUGAGUGCCUUAUAUUAUGUACUGUAUUGUAUAUUUAUAAAUAUUUUUUUUCAUAUUACUAUUACUGUACUGUACUAAAUCACAGAAGAUGUAUAUAUUGUAUAUGGUAAUUUUUAAUACUUAAUUUGUAAGGAUUUGGGAAUUAUUGUUAGCAUCAUGUGGUGUUGGUACUGGUGCACUAGGAAGUAGAUAAAUUUAUUACUUCUUUUAACAGGUUGUAAUGUAUUCGAGAACUAUAUUUUUCUUCAUAUCACAUCUUUUAGUGUAUGUGAAUUUGAUUAAUCAUAAUUCUUCACCACAACAUGAUAUUUUAUACGUGCAUAUACAUACAGUAGUAGUAAUUAAGACAAGUACAGUAGUUACAUUCUCAAUCACAUACAAUACUAAUUUAUUGUUCCAUGCCUUCUUGAUACUUUCUAUCAUUAAUCCUUACAUGAUUUUAUAAACUUAUACUAUAUACUAUGUAUUUUUUUAUAAAGAUAAGAACACCUUAUACCCAUAUAACUGUAUUUGAAAGAUCAUUACAAUACCUGUAGUCCUCCAUAACUGCAGUCCUUUCACCACUGUUAAACAACACAACACUGAUGACUGCCUCAAGUAUCACUCUCACUCAUAUUAUGUUUUAAUGGCAGUGUACAGUAAAUAUAAAGACACAUUAAAUUUGCAAAAUGACUUGCAAUACAAGCAGUAUCAUAUGCCAACACUUUUUCUUAAUUUGAUAAGUUUGAAAUGGAAUACAGUCUACUACAUUUUACAGUAAUAAUUUCUUAUAUACUGUGUACUGGAGUACUGUACUGUACUUAUUGAGGCAAGGACAAAUGUAAGUGUAGAAAUCUCUCAUAUACUGUAUGUCAUAACUUGUCACCAGUCACGCUUUCUAUUAAGAUUUUUUUGAUUGAGAGAGCUGCCUCUUGUUUGACACUUGCUCUUAUUGAAGACUUUUAUAUGAUAUACAAAUACAUGAAUUUGGUGUAUGAUAAUAUUUUGCUACUAACUGAUGCCUAAAUGGUAUUAUGGGUUAUUUUUUUUUUUACCCUAGUCAUGUAAAUUUUGUAGACAAAUAUUUUAUCCAUAAAAAAAAUUGCAUGUUAGAAAAGUACCUCAGGUAAGGUCCUGUUCUUCCCCAUAUCAGUGCCCAUGAUGUAAGCAUUUUUUCUGUGAAGUGGUUUGUAUAACUAAGUUAACAAAUUAUGUAUUUUUAUAACAAAAGGUACAAAAAUAAAGUACAACAUAUAAAACAGUCUGGAUUUUUAUGCAUUGUUAAUGUACAAGGAACAGCAUAAGUUCACUCCAACUCUACGUGUAUAUGAGCCAGGUGAUCUGGUAACAGGACGGGGAAGAGUUGACAUGUGCUUUAAAUGACUAAUUAUUUAAGAUAUACUGAUCAGAGAUUACCUAAGAAUAUUUUUUUUAUUCGUAAUAUAUCUUAACUAGUGUCAAUGUGUAAAAUGUGGGAAAAUAAUGUUAACAAAUAUGUGACAUUGCUGCAGGAUGAUUCAUGACUGGGGAUCCGAUCCGGUCAAAAGAUUAUUCAUGCUGUUGCCAGCAAUUAUUUUUCAUGCUUAAUGACACAUUCAUUAUAAAGCAUUUUCAGCAACAAAUCUGAAGCUGCAAGUAAGCAUUAAAUACUGUCACUUUUAUGUAAAAUGAAAGCAUAUGUUGACACCCUGGUGUUUCUUGAUUAUCAGGUUUGUCUCUGUUAAACUCAAUUCCUUCCCUCCUGCCUUCAUUCACCUUUGCUUUACCUGAGAUUUGAAAAAAAAAAUGCAAAUUUUCUUAAUCAGUAAUCGCAUUCAAAACAUUACAAUUUUGAUAUUUAUGAAGAUAUUUUAAUGAUCUGAAUUACCAUUUAGGGAAGGUUAGGUUUGGUGAUGUUUGGUUAGGAAGUACUGUAAUGACGGUAAUAUAGUUUUGGUCAUCAGCUUAAAAAGUAGAGAUUUGCUGUAGAAAUAAAGGUCAUACUUGUUCAAAACACAUCAAAGACCACAGGAAAAACAUAAUUUCAACUUCCAAAUAGGUGGAUGACCGAAACGAUACUUUACCAUAAUGACUAGCUCAGUUAGGUUAGGUCAGAAUGCUUAAAAACAAGUUGUAAAUAUUUACCCAAGGUUGCAGUCAAAACUUGAACUUUUUAAAUAUAUGUUAUCUCACAGUAUUAAACCAUACCAACCUUUA